AUGACAGUUGAACAAUUUCCACCGUUAAUUAUAGGCGGGUCUGUGUUCAACCACAUAUACAAUCUGGACCCCCUGAGUCUCCCCACCACCUCUAUACUUGAUUUGGCCUUUGAAAAUGGCUUCAAUGCCAUCGAUAGUUCGCCUUAUUACGGCCCGCUGGAAGAGUACUUUGGUGUUGCUUUGGCUGCUUUGAAGCAAAAAUGGCCCCGAGAGUCGUACUAUAUAUGUACAAAGGCCGGCCGGUACGGAGCGAAUGACUUUGACUAUUCUAGAAAACGUGUUCGUGCUUCGGUGAUGCAAUCUUUGCAACGGUUCCAAACCACGUAUCUCGAUUUGGUUUACAUGCACGAUAUAGAGUUUGUUGAAGUAGACCAGGUGAUGGGGGCACUCAAGGAGUUGCGGAUGCUAGAUAAUGAGGGUUUAAUUCGUGCAAUUGGCGUUUCUGGGUACCCAAUUGAGCUACUUUACGAGGUGGCAUUGGCGGCCAAAAACGAUAUAGAAAUCGGACCUUUGGAUGCUAUUCUUCUGUACUCGAAUGGGUGUCUACAGAACACCAGGUUUUUUGACGUUGUGGACAAAUUUUUUAGCGAAUGUGGUGUAAAAAGACUCAUGAAUGGGUCCAUUUUGAGCAUGUCUUUGCUUCGGUCGCAGUCCACCCACGAUUUCCACCCAGCACUGGAAGCACUCAAGGCAAAAGCCAAGCAGGUGGCGGCACACCUUAAGGAAAAAGGUAUCGAGGUGGCAGAUCUCGCUACUCGGUUUGCCAUGCGAAAGACAUUGUACGUAAAUGGCAAGCUCAACAAUCGCAGUUCAGUUGUUUUGGGGGUUUCCAAUGUGCACGAGCUAGAGCUUGCACUUGAGAACUACAGCGAGGUGGAGAGAAAGGUGGAUAACAAAGAGGAGGAGGAACUUUAUGGAGAGGUGGAACGCAUGUUUGGAAAGCAUUUCAACGAGAGGUGGGAUAGCGGCCGAGUGAAGUAUUAG